AUCCCUCUAAUUUCCAUUUUGUUGAUCUCCCACAUACUUUAUAUAAAUAUAUAUAGCCAUUGAUGCGUGGCAUAGAAGAGGCACGAGGAGAUAUCUCAGAAAUAUUACGUUCGUUUUGUAGAGAGAGAGAGGAAUUAAAGAUGGGAUUUUUGUGGAGGGUUUUGGUUUUGGCUGCGGUUCUGGCGGCGGCGGAGGCACAAUUGGCAGAGAACUUCUACUCCUCGACUUGCCCAAAUGUGGAGCAAAUCGUCAAACAAGCUGUUCAAACCAAGUUUUCUCAAACUUUUGUCACCAUUCCUGCAACUUUGCGACUCUUCUUCCAUGAUUGCUUUGUCGAGGGAUGUGAUGCUUCGGUGUUGAUAGCAUCCCCAAAUGGGGAUGCAGAGAAGGAUGCUCAAGACAAUCUUUCAUUGGCAGGAGAUGGUUUUGACACCGUUGUUAAAGCUAAAGAAGCUGUUGAAGCCUCUUGCCCUGGCAUCGUCUCUUGCGCUGACAUUCUAGCUCUUGCAACUAGAGACGUCGUCGUGUUGGCCGGAGGCCCAGAUUACAGCGUUGAACUGGGCCGUCGAGAUGGGCUGGUUUCGGAAGCCUCACGAGUGGCCGGAAACCUGCCGGAGCCGUCGUUCGAUCUGGACCAACUGACGACCAUGUUCGCCGGACACAACCUGAGCCAGGUGGACAUGAUAGCGCUGUCGGGGGCCCACACGGUGGGGUUCUCCCACUGCAACCGUUUCGCGAACCGGCUGUACUCGUUCUCGCCGUCGUCGCCGGUGGACCCGUCGCUGGACCCGACUUACGCCCAGGAGCUGAUGCAGGCUUGUCCCCAGAACGCGGACCCCAGCAUUGCCAUAAACAUGGAUCCUCAGACCCCACGAAUCUUCGACAACGUGUACUACCAGAAUCUGGCCGCUGGCAAGGGCCUCUUCACCUCCGACCAGAUUCUGUUCACGGAAUCCGAAUCUCAGACCACCGUCACCGGCUUUGCCAACAACGGGGCGGAGUUUAAUGCGGCGUUCGUCACGGCGAUGACCAAGAUGGGUCGGGUCGGGGUCAAGACGGGCCAGGCUGGCGAAAUUCGAAUCGAUUGCAGCGCCUUUAAUUAAUUAAUUAAUUAAUGGAGAUUGUUACCGGAUUUGGAUUUGCAGCACUUUGCAUAUUAUAUUCUGCUGCUCCAAUCUCCAUCGUUGUGUAAGAUAUAUAUAAUUACCUCGGAAAAAAAAAUGAAACAAAGUUCUGCCCUUUGUUCCUAAUUUAUGCAUUUCCCAAAUAAUGGUGAGUUGUAAGCUUCAAAUUUGUCUGUCCAAAUAAUAAUAUUUGUUGGUAUAA